UGAUGUCGUCAAUGCAUUCUUCAUCGCCUAGCAAAAAACAGAAUAGCACAGACAAAGAUUCAAGGUGCGUGCCCAUUUCAGAGGCUCCGACGGUUCCUUGUGGUAGCCACUCCAGCUUGCAAAUGACAAGUACCACACUGGCUGAAAGAAAACAGGAUAAGCCUGAAGCAAAAACAGGGGUAGAAUGUGGCUCAGGGCAGGAAACAGAGCACGUUUUUACAGCUGAAGAAACAAAGCCAUUGUCUGAAGUACAAAGGAAGAACAACAAAGCCCCCGUACCCGUGCUCUUGAGUUUUGAGGAUACAAGUGAUGAAGUUUUGGCGGAAUGGGACAAACAAGCAUGUGCCAAUGCCAGGGUACCCAACGUUGAAAGCCUACUUCGAAUAAUUGACACAAUACCAAUUUCGACCGACCUAGACCUGCCGCGCUGCACGGAAGCAUUGGAGGGGAUGUACCCACAGAAGGUGCAGGUUGGAGAUACCGAGGCUGAACCUACCCACACUUUUAGCUUGCUUUCUUAUGUUCUUGACGAGAAAGCAUUUUGGCACCGACCGCUGAGUCCACGAGAGCCAGAUUUAUUAACCUGCAGGGAGCUCAAUCUAUUUGAAGAAUGGAAGGUCUCUACCAAGGUUGAUGGUAGUGAAGGUCCAACCAGCAGUGACCCUAUCAGGACGACAGAGGACAUCACUAAUAGAAACAAAAGGACGACAUGCAUGUCCUUAAACGAGACGGCUGACAACUGCGUUGCUUUGAAAAAAAGGACAAGGAUGUUUCAGAACACAGAUGAGCUGUCGAGCAACAUUCAUCAUGAGAUGCCACACACUUUAGGAACUGUAAGCGCAUCAUCACACGAGAAAGAUCAGUCGUCAAGCGACGCUAAUCUUGGUCAGAUCCAACAAACACCAGUCCAUGGCACCUCUUCAGCUACCAACAAAGACUUCCCAUGGGACGACCCUGAUAUGGUAGCGCAGUUGAUCGAGUCUACCGAUAGGAUUGAGGAAGAGUGGUUUUCACAACAAAGACAAACUCAGUAUACCACAUCAGUUACACAAGACAUCCACAUAUCAGAGAUCAAGCCCAAUGAGAUUUGUUGCAACUUCACCUCAAAUCCAGUCGAAAGUGUUGUUUUCAGCGACAUUGUGUCACGAAUACCACCCCAUUCAAGGCAAAAGAGCCCAAGAAUAGUACAAAUGGGCUCGACAUGGGUUGAACAUAGGGUUUUUGGCCUGAGCAUGCAAGUGUAUGGCCGGGUCAAUAAGUACGUGAUCAAUAUGUUGGGAAAAGCAGUAAUGGCCGAGCAAACCGAAAAGGAUAGGCUCAAUCUUCUCCCGCGAAGUUACUGGUCAAGAUACUAUGUCGAAUGCGACACUGCUAAAUUAUUCCAAAAGGCAUUUGAAACUCCAUUGGCGUUAUCUGUUCACCUGAGGGAGACAAUGAUAGGAUUCCAUCUUGACCGAAUUCACAUGGUAUUUUCGUAGUCCAGUAAACAAGCCAUAUAAUUUAUAGUCUCCAUGCA